UCAAUUCAGUUCUCGUUGAUGAUACAAAGACCUCUCGCGUUGUGUUUCAGAAUUCCUUUUCUUUCCUACAGGAUAAUUUCGACUUCAACUCUCUAGCUACUUCCCAAUGGCUGCUACUUUUUCUUCUUCUCAGAAGAGCUAUGAUGUCUUCCUCAGUUUCAGAGGAGACGACACCCGCAACAAUUUCACUGCCCAUCUCCUUCAGGCGUUGCGCACCAAAGGAAUCAACACUUUCUGUGAUGAGGAUAAGCUCGAGAAAGGUCGAGUCAUAUCCCCUGCACUCAUUACAGCUAUUGAAAACUCCAUGUUUUCUAUCAUUGUUUUGUCGGAAAACUAUUCAUCUUCUAGGUGGUGCUUGGAGGAGAUGGUCAAGAUACUAGAAUGCAAUAGAUCCAAGGAGGAGAGGGUUCUACCAAUUUUCUACAACGUGGAUCCAUCAGAUGUGCGGAAUCACAGGGGAAAAUUUGGAGAAGCCUUGGCUAAACAUGAAGAGAAUUUGGAGGAGAACGGGGAGAGGGUGAAAAUUUGGAGGGACGCUCUGACUGAAGUUGCAAAUUUAUCUGGCUGGGAUUCAAGGAACAAGAAUGAGCCUCUGCUAAUCAAAGAAAUCGUUGGGAAACUUUUGAAGAAGUUGUUAAAUACAUCCACAAGUGAUAUUGAAGAGAACCUGGUUGGAAUACAAUCCCGCAUUCAAGAACUGAGAAUGCUAUUGUGUUUGCAGUCAGAUGAUGUUCGGAUGGUAGGAAUUUGUGGUAUGAGCGGAAUAGGGAAAACAACCCUUGCUAGAGCUAUUUAUAACCAAAUUUCCGACCAAUUUGAAGCUUGCUCCUUUCUUGAAAUUGCGAAUGAUUUCAAAGAGCAGGAUUUAACCAGUUUAGCAGAUAAACUUCUUUCUCAAUUAUUGGAGGAAGAAAAUCUCAAAAUAAAAGGAUCCACUUCUAUAAAAGCAAGGCUCCACUCAAGAAAGGUCCUUGUUGUUCUUGAUAAUGUGAAUAAUCUAACAAUAUUGGAACAUUUAGCCGGAAAUCAGGAUUGGUUUGGUCAAGGGAGUAGAAUUAUCAUAACUACUCGGGAUAAACAUUUGUUAAUUCAACAUAAAGUCGAUUAUUAUGAGGUUGCAGAAUUUAGGGGUGAUGAAGCUUGAUAAUUUCUGGUCCAAAAGUAAGCCCUAAGAUCUGGCGGGAUUCAUGAUGCUGAUUUCAGAGGUUUGGAAGCAUUAUGAUUUGCUGAUUUCAUGUCUUUGCUUUGCUGCUGCUGUUGUUGGAUCUGAUUGUCUAUUCUUCCAGAGGCAUUAGUUAUGAUGGAGUGAUUUCCAUCUUAUUAUAGAAUUAGUGUUCUGCUUUCCUGGUUGAGCAUGUUCUUCUGGUGUUUCCCUACUUACUUGGAUGAUAAUCAUAGGCUCCUUUGUGGUUGAACGUAUGCAUAGAAUAGAGAUAUGGGGUUCCGGCAGUGAUGAAAACCUAGGGCUGGAAUGCAACUAUUAUGGUUGAUGAUUUUGCAAUUUUUUUUUUUUUAAUUUAGUUCUUGAUAUAAUUUGGAUGA